AUGACCCCCGCAUCAACAGCAGCGAACCAGCCCGGGCGGCAUGCGCCCCCGCCGACUCUAUACCAGGGGCUGGACCAAGACGAGCUGCGGGCCAAGGCGGAACGAUACCUGCUCUGCUACGGGUCCAGCUUCCACCGCGACGUCAUCACGGGCUCACGCGGCCUAUACAUCUACACGGCGUCAGGGCAUAGCGUCAUGGACUGGACGUCGGGCCAGAUGUCCUGCCUGCUGGGCCACGGCCACCCCGAGAUCGUCCAAGUCAUGCGCGAGCACGCGCGCCACCCCGACCACCUCGUCUCCGGCAUGCUGUCGCCGCCCGUCCUGGCCCUGGGCGAGCGCCUGUGCGACGCCUUGCCGCCGGGCCUUGACCGGGCCCUCUUCCUCUCGACCGGCGGCGAGAGCAACGAGGCGGCCAUCAAGCUGGCCAAGGUGUACACGGGUAAGUUCGAGAUCGUCGGCGUCGGCGCCUCGUGGCACGGCAUGACGGCGCAGGCGCAGGCCGUGCAGUACCACUUUGGCCGCGCCGGACACGGGCCGCUCAUGCCGGGAACGCACAUGCUCCCAGCGCCCAAUGCCUACCGAUCCGUCUUUCGCCGGCCCGACGGCUCGUACGACUGGGAGGCGGAGCUGGAGCACGGAUGGCGUAUGGUGGACCUGCAAUAG